CCCCUAAUAAUACGGUUGCCUUGAGGAAAUUUCCAUCAUCGUAUAACCACCAGUAUCUCGCUACAUUUAGAAAUGUUUUCGGUGUAAGAAUUGAUAAUGCGAGCAUCUUUUGAUAAUUUUUGUCUCCGAGCUAUAUUCGUAGGUAUCUAGGUUUUUAUUUGACAUAUUUCACAAUUUCAGUCUGGUUCAUUCGGUCGUGUUGAGAAGUGUCGACUUAGUGCUAAAGAAAUGUCUAACUUAUACUGUAAAAUUAUUAUAUUAACAAUUUAUGCGAUAACGACAAACGGUUAUAAAAUUCCUCGCCAAACUGGUCCUAUUCCUAUACCACCUCAUAAUAAUGCCGCGUUCGAAUAUAAAGGUCCUGUAUUUGUUAUUCAAGAAACAAACGGUACAAACGACCUGCCAUUCAUCGGAUUCAUAGUCAAUGGUGGAAUCGAGGUUGUUCGGCCCAAUAUUAAAGGUCUCGUAAUUCAAAAUGCAACUUCUACCGCCAACACCAACGAGCCCACAUCCGAAUUCCAGGAAGACCCAGACUACUUCGCCGUGUACCUAACUCCAGAAAACGUAGCUUACGCUCAAUUUUCACGAACCAGUCAAAUUACCAUUCCAUUGACUGUAUUGCUAGCCGCUAUUUCGAAUAAUAUGCCGCGAAUAAUGGUGUUAAGAAAACAAAAUCAUUUCGAGUAUUUUAGUACUCUGUCAACGAACCCGAGACCGAUAGUAACAGUUCCAGUACAAAUACCACCGCAGCGAAGACGACACCAGAGAGAUAUUGGUUCGGAACAUGGUCGUCUAGUUUUGGGUGAUAAGAAUUACAACAUGUUGUAUACGGCGGGAGAGAAGGUAAACGUGCAUGCUUUUUGCACGUCGAUCGUUCAAGAAUUGGUGUUUAUAAAUGAAAUGUUACAACGAGCCAACAAUAACGACCCAGAGUUGGAUAUGUUCGAUUUGAAAGUUGACAAAAAUGCGACUAAAGUGGAUAAAGGUAUCGUCGUAGAAGAAUAUGCCAUCGGAACUGAAUACAAGGUUAAUAAGAAAACCGCUUAAAAAUGUACCUAUGUACUUAUUAAAGUUGGAAAUAAAAUCAAAAAUAGUUACGUAAUUUUUCUAAUUCGA